UUACCUACCUAGAUUAACAUUCCAAUAUUGGCUUACUAUUGUGAUAACAACAGAUGAGCGAAAAAAAACAUAUUAAAAAAUUAUCAUCCUGCCAUUUGGAAUAUUACCUACUUCCGAUUUGUUCAUGUUUUUUCAAACAAAAGUGUGUGCGCAAGUUAAUAUCCACAAACAUCAAAAAGUAUAUGAUACCUACAUCUUCGAAUGUAAAGAAAAUAGAUCAUCCUUACGGUGGGCAUGCAAACAAUGGAGAUGCGACAGACGUGGGACAGAUUCAGGGAAAACGCGCGGUUUUUCUGGGAAAGUUACAUCGCCGUCAGUAUCAUGCGGAACUGCAUCGUAUUGGUAUUUGUGCUGACGGUUGUAAACAGUUCUAAUACACAGAUUACAGGAGCAGUUGGAACUACAAGAGUACCAUCAUUUAUCACUCCAGACCCAAAUGAUUCAAAAAACAAAAACGAAGAAAAUGGAGAUACGGAAGGUGGCGUGUCGAACAUUCAAAUUGAACCCGAAUAUAAUUCCACGAGAAAUAAAAUAAUCCUAAAUGUUUCUUGGGACAAACCAUCAAACGAGUCCUCUGUUCGAUAUUAUGAUUUUAAAAUCACCCCCAAUUCAACUUACCAGGAAUGCAACCAUGACGAGUUUAAAAUAACAAAAAGGAACAAGACAUGGACCAGCAUGCGUUUACCACCAGACCUCUACAGGUACGAAAUCUUCCCUGGUUGUACAUACAUAAUUAGUGUUAUAACCGGUCGUGAUAAGAACCGACGAUUCCAAGACGAUAUUCUCUAUACCCUUCCAGAAUGCGUCGGUAACAAAUGUUCUUGCAUACAUUUAAGUCCUCACGUAAACAACCUAUCAGUGAACGAAUUCAAUCCAGGAAGCAUAAACAUUUCCUGGGAGAUUAACCGCGAAGGAUCUAACGAGACAAUUUUCAAUAUUACAAGAAUAUUACUCGAGUAUCGAUCAAAAGCUGAUCGCGUGCCCUUCAACAAAUUAGCAACUGUAGAUACCGUCGACGAUGAUUAUUUUAUUCAAAGAGAAGGGUACAAAUUAUUUACACCUGGAGAGCUAUACGAGAUACAAGCCACGUUUUACAAUACCUUUGAAUGCAAAGUAAUCAAUUACACGAAUUUCAGUUUGGCUGCACUGGAAGUGUUACAAGAUACAACAUUAAAAGGAUUCUCAUGGGAAAUUAUCUUAUUAAUAGCAUGUUCUUCAUUGACGAUUCUUUUGUUUGGAUCUUACAUUAUCAGAAGAAAUAGAUUAAUAUUAAAGGAGAUCAUUUGUCAUACCUUCUCUUUGCGGUUUGCAAGAACUGAAAAUUAUGCAGAUAAAAGUCCUGCCGCGUAUAUCAUUAUACCAACUGCAGUGAAAAGAGAAGAGGAGACGAAUCCCUUAUAUAUUGAAAAAGAAAUUUUGGAUGGAACCGUAGAUCAGUUUGAACUUCCGAGAGCAAGGAUUAAGUUUCUCAAAUAUCUUAAAGGUGGUGAAUUCGGUCAAGUAUUCCUAGCGAAAGUGUUAAACAUUGACAACAAGCCAGGAUAUUCGACAACUGCCAUAAAGUCUAUCAGGGAAGGUGCACCUGAUGAUGAAAAAGCAGCCUUUAUAAUGGAGAUAGACAUUGUUAAGAAACUUGGGGAGCAUCCGAACAUCGUGAAAAUAUUCGGAUGCUGUCAAUUGCAAGAGCCGUAUCUAAUAAUUAUGGAGUACAUUCCGUGCGGAGAUUUGCGUAAUUAUCUAAUCGACUUGCGAGAAAAGUGGAAGCAGCAAAACAAGGAUGAACGAUCGCCCAUGUUUUCAGAAACGAACAGCGCGGCGUAUAUCUUUCCCAAUGUGCCAAGGAGCCAGAAGAAGUCCGAGGCAUUAUCGUUACCAGAAACCGAGUAUUCAAAUUUGAGCAGUGAUGGGAAUCCCACUCCCACUGACUGUUAUCUUGCGAAAGUCGAAAGUAGCCUAGAUAAUAACGAAUUACAACACUUUGCGCUACAAAUAGCAAGAGGCAUGGAACACCUCGAAAGCAUGGGAAUAGUUCACAGAGAUUUAGCAGCUCGCAAUAUUUUAAUUAACGAAUUUCGAACACUCAAAAUUACCGAUUUCGGAAUGUCUAGAAUGAGCCCCUAUGUGAGCGGUAUACGUGAUAAAGUGCCUUUACGGUGGGUGGCACUUGAGGCAAUUGAAAAUCAAUAUUACGACAGCAGGAGCGACGUGUGGUCAUUUGCUGUCGUUCUCUGGGAAAUUGGCACCUUAGGCGCCUUUCCCUAUGGAAAUGUCGCAGAUGCGAAAAUAGUGACAUACUUACAAAGUGGAGAACGAUUGGAGAGACCCGAAGUGUGUACGGACGAGUUAUACUCUCUUAUGCUGAGAUGUUGGUCAAGAGCAACACAGCUGAGGCCUUCGUUUCAGGAAUUAGUUCACCUGCUAGACUCCAGAAAGAAACACAUAUAUGUAGACUUCGGGCAGUUAAAUCCUUUAUAUAUGUUUCCUCCUACCAAAGAGUAGAUUAUUAUAGUAAUGUACAGUCGCUAAUAAGAAAUCUGUGAUAUUAAAAUAUUAGGAAAGACAAAUAGUACAAAAGGAAGUACAACACAGUACUACAAAUAAAGUAAUUCAGUAUUC